AUGACUGCCAUGCGUGCCCGUCAAUAUAACAAGUUUGCCGGUUCCAUCGAUGCCUUGGGUGGUGCACCGAAUAAUGCCAUCGCCCAGCGUGCCAUCAGUUUUGCCUUGGAUAAACGUAAUGCAGGCAAAAUGGUGACCAAUAUGGGCGGCAAAAAAUAUGAAAUCGCCGGUAUUUCUCCGCUGGGUUCGGCAUUUAUUUUUGUUCGUGAUAAAAAUAUCAAUUCGAUUGAAAAAGCCGCAGGUAAAAAAUUCGCAGUACUUGGCUACGACGAUGCCCAGAAAAUCAUGGUACAGCGUGUCGGUGCGCAGGCAGUAAUUUCCGAUGUUUCCAACUUUGUGGCCAAAUUUAAUAAUGGUCAGGUAGAUAUGGUCGGUGCACCUGCCUAUGCUUAUAAGCCGCUGGAAAUCUACAAGGGCCUGGGUAAUAACGGCGCGAUGUUUAAUUUCCCGGUGCUGCAUGUGACUUCUGAUUUUGUGAUCCGUCCGGAAAAAUUCCCGGCAGAUAAAACCAAGUAUCAGAAAAUGUUACGUGAUGGCCGGAUGGAUAUGACCAAACGCGGAAUCUAUGAUGCUAGCAUGAUGUCGGUAUUAAAACGUGCGCGCUGUUCUGUCGAUAAAGCCAACUUUGAAUGUUCACUUUCUGGCGAAUAA